AUGUCCAUACUCCCCAAGCCAUACAUUUUUUACGUGUUGUACCCUGCCAAAAGAUGUAUUUUAAAUCAGAUGAUGUUCAUCUUACAGAAAUACUUUGCAGUUUGCAUGCUAUGUGUGGAAUUGCAAGAAUCGAAGGGAUUGAAGAAGUUAGAAGAAGAGGUGUUAAAUUUCCGAUUACCGGGAUUCCGGAAACUAUCGAUAAUGGCUUUCCGACAACUAUGGGAUGGAAGAAUCACAUCAGCACAAACUUCUUACAUGCGUGGCUUGGACUCCAAUUGCACCCGGCAUCUUUAUGCCCGUGACCAGCAGGUGGUUCGAAUGAUGUAUGAUCUUCACAAGAAGUUAUACAAAUAUAUCAUGUUAGACCACUCGAAUUAUAGUAAAGUAUAG